CUGUUUGCUGAGCGCUAAUAACAACCACGAGGAAGGAGGCGUUCAUUCGUUCCUGUGGAGGGAAAAAGGCGCAUCUCAGCGGCUGAAGCUGAAAGUCGUGUUUCUCUGUCGACUGCUCGUAACAGAGCCGAGCGGGAGCUCCCCGGGUUUGGGUCCGAUCAGCAGCCUGUUUAGUUUGCCACCUUCCUGUGGCUGCGCCUGCGAGCUACUGACGUGUCCGCUUCACGGACGACCCCAUUAAGGGCCCAGACGAAGUGAUACCUGCCCGAUAUCCGUGCUCUCUGUUUAUUAAUAAAAGCCAAACUUCAUUAAUGGACCGACUCACCAUGGUUGACCCACAGGAAAAUAGCCCGCAUGACAUUCCUGACUAUGACGGCAUAGCGGAUGAAGCUUUCCCCCCACUCCCACCACCACACUCCCCAGGCCGGGGAGGCCAGGAGGAAGGAGACCCUUUUGCAGAUGGAGAUGAAGGUGAGGUAUCACAGCUGGCUGAUGUCCCUACUGCUAAAAGGAGAGGCGUGAAGAGACCCCAACCCAAGCUGGACUCCCACAGGCUGAUAUCAGAUCGAGGGCUUCCAGCUCUGGGCACUCUCUUUGACAAUAUCCAGUUCAAAGGCAAAGGACACGAGGCUGCAGACCUGCGGCUGCUGAUGCAGAAGAUGGAGAACUGGGCCCACAGGUUGUACCCCAAAUUGCAAUUUGAAGAUUUUAUUGACAAAGUGGAAAGGCUCGGCAGCAAAAAGGAAGUGCAGACAUGUCUUAAACGAAUACGACUGGACAGUGGUGGAUUCACACCUGCAGGUGCACAUAGGAAAUACUUGCCAUGUUCCACAGGACUUAAUUAUCAGCAUUGCUUGAAAUUGUGUUCAGGUGUUGGUGACGAAGAGGUACAACAUGAACUGGAAACAUUUGGGGAUCCUGAUCUGUUCAGCAGAGAGAGUUUUAUUAAUGCUCCCCAAGGGCAGAUUGCCGAAGCCCUCGCUCCCCCACCUACUCCCUCUCUGACCGAAGAGCAGCAGAAACGCAUUGAGCUGAACAGACAGCGGGCCCUGGAAAAGAGGCUCGCACGCCAGCAGCAAAUUGGCCCUUCAGACUCUCAGACUGCUGACAUGUUAGGAGACAAACCUCCAGCUGCAUCCUCACCAAAUGUCAUCAAAGGUUCUACUGAUGGAGAUGAAACUGUAGAAGAUCCUGACCUCGAGCCUUCCAACAACACCUCCACGCAACAAACCAGCCCGCUUCCCCCCAAAGACUCUGAGCCCGCUGAGGCUGAGACCGGCCUCAGCCCUGAGCAGCAGCUCAGCAACGACUGUGUAGGAGGGGAUUAAAGUUCACGUGCAGCAGUUUCUGCUGAAAAGCUUUGGCAGUGAGCAGAUUUAAAGGUUUCCCAAUGUUCGUGCCUGCUCAUUCAAGUAAUGUUGUGCAUUUCUGGUGGUUUAUAUCUUGAGCACAUGUUCCUACUGUGACGUCAGCUUUGGGUUAGCAAAGACAUUUAUAUUUAUAAUCAAUGGAAAUAAAUGUUUUUUAUUUUUAAAAGUCCAAAUCCUAAACGUAUUUACCAUGUGUUGGUAUCUAAUGUUACAGAAAAAUAUUUGAACUGAUCCACAGUUCCAGCUCUGAUGCAUCUUCUUUCUCCAGUUUCACUAUUGGCAGAAUUUUGGUUGCAAACAUGUUUCUAUGCAAGGCCUCUGUGUGUGUAGUAUGUGAGCUGUCAA